AUGUCACAUAAACUGGUGAUCGUUGGAGCUAUUGUCCAACUCACAAUAACGUCAAAGGUGAUGGCCUUAAGUUUUGAAGGUUUUCUGAAAUCGUUACCAGCCAGUAUGCCGAACGACCUGAAGACGAUAAUCAUGAACUUGCGCGAGAAACAUCCUCAAGAGUUCGGUCUUUUAGAAACUACUGAUCAUGGAACUGAGACGCCCAUGUAUCAUAGAGACAAUGACCUCAACGUUAUGUUUAUGAAGCCUACAAACAUAAAACCAGGUAUUCAGUACAGUGCGCCUGUCGCACCAAUAGUCAACAUUUUAAGGACUGAAGAGCCAGUAGCAAAUAAUUGCAGUAGUAGACCUGUACAAACUGAGAACCCGGUCACAACUCUACAACCACCAACUGCAAAGUUGCCUGACGAGGGAUGUCAAACACCAAGGAUACCGCUACCGCAGAUACCAGCUCCAAUAAUGCCAAUAGCGAUUCCUGUGUACCCGAGAAUGCCCAUCAUAGUACCAGCGAGGACAUUCUUCGAACCAGUGAGACACGACCACCCACCAUUAUACAAGAUAAAACAGAUGAUAGAAAGAGAUGAAAAGAAAUGGAAGAAAGAGAACAAAGGGAAGAAUUGUGAUAUUUCCUUGGAGUUAGCUUAUAGUGAUGCGGACAGUUCAUCGAGUACGGAUACUGAGUCCGAAUCUAGGAAUAUAGAUGUUGGUCCAGAGUAUUACGAUGGCUUUUUAAAAAUUAAUGUGUGA